CUCUCUCUCUCUCCAAACAUUGCACUAUCCCUUUCCCUAUCUCUUGCUUUGCACUCUUUGUAACCUUCAUCUCUCUCUCUCUCAACUGUGUUCCUGAAAGCCUGUUUCUUCAAUGGAGAGCAACCCAGUUCAGCUUUUAUGUCAUCUGGCUCUAGCACUAGUCUUCACAGUUUGUUUUUCAGUCUCUGCAACGGAACAAGUAGUUGUUCCACCGAUCAAAACCGAUGCAGUAGCCCUUCUUGCGUUCAAGAAGAUGAUUGAAAAGGACCCAAAUGGAGUUUUGUCAGGGUGGAAGCCCGAAAGGAAUCCAUGCGCCUGGUAUGGAGUUUCAUGCUCUUCAGGAAGAGUCAUUCAACUUGAUCUUAGUCAGUGUAGCCUUUCAGGGACUCUCUUUUUUAAUCCUUUGGCUUCUCUAGACAUGCUAUCUGUUUUGAGUUUGUCUUCAAAUAUGUUUACUGUAAAUUCGACAACUUUGCUUCUACUCCCAUAUGGAUUGAAGCGCCUUGAAUUGUCUAACUCUGGACUUGUUGGUCUAGUCCCUGACAAUAUUUUCUCCAAGCUUCCAAAUUUGGAAUACGUGAAUUUAUCCCAUAACAAUUUUACAGGGCCUUUACCUGAUAAUCUUUUAUCAAAUCCUGAUAAGUUGCAGGGUCUUGAUCUCUCCUAUAACAACAUAACAGGAUCUAUUUCAGGCUUGAAAAUUGAGAAUUCUUGCAAUUCCUUGUUGCUCCUUGACUUGUCAGGAAACCAUAUUAUGGAUUCCAUUCCUGUUUAUCUUUCCAAUUGCACAAAACUCACAACAUUGAAUUUUUCAUUCAAUUCUCUCACCGGUGAGAUCCCAAGCUCUUUUGGAGAGCUUCUUAGCUUACAAAGAUUGGAUCUUUCUCAUAAUCAUCUCACCGGUUGGAUUCCUUCUGAGUUGGGAAAUGCAUGCGACUCACUUUUAGAACUUAAGCUCUCUUACAACAACUUUUCAGGCCCAGUUCCCAUUUCAUUCUCUUCCUGUUCUUAUCUGCAACUUCUUGAUUUAUCGAAUAACAACCUAACCGGGCCCUUUCCGGAUUCCAUCCUUCAGAAUCUUAGCGCAUUAGAUACCUUGCAGUUGAGUAGUAACAUCAUCUCCGGAUCAUUUCCCUCUUCCAUUUCAUAUUGUAAGCGCUUGAGGAUUGUGGAUUUGAGUUCCAAUAAAUUCUCUGGAAUCAUCCCACCUGAUAUAUGCCCAGGAGCUGCUGCACUUGAAGAGCUGAGGAUACCAGACAAUCUCAUUUCAGGACAAAUCCCACCUCAACUGUCACAAUGUUCCCAUCUGAGGACAGUUGAUUUUAGUUUGAACUAUCUCAAUGGCUCAAUUCCAACAGAGUUUGGGGAGCUUGAGAAUCUUGAGCAGCUGAUAGCAUGGUUUAAUGACUUGGAAGGAAAAAUCCCAAAAGAUUUGGGAAAAUGCAGGAACCUAAAAGAUCUUAUCCUUAAUAACAAUCGUCUUACUGGCGACAUUCCUGUGGAGUUAUUCAACUGCAGUAAUCUCGAAUGGAUAUCUCUCACAAGCAAUGAACUCACCGGUUCAAUCCCACGGGAAUUUGGCCUUUUAUCAAGAUUAGCUGUUCUGCAGCUUGCUAACAAUAGUUUGAGUGGUGAGAUACCGGGAGAACUAGGAAAUUGCACCAGCUUGGUGUGGUUAGAUCUGAACAGCAAUAAGCUCACAGGAGAAAUCCCACCGAGACUUGGGCGGCAGCUUGGGGCAAAAUCGUUGAGUGGAAUUCUUGCGGGCAACACUCUGGUGUUUGUAAGGAAUGUUGGAAAUUCCUGUAAAGGAGUUGGAGGACUGUUAGAGUUUGCUGGAAUCAGGCCUGAAAGAUUGUUGCAGAUCCCGAAUUUGAAAAGUUGUGAUUUUACGAGAAUGUAUUCUGGAGCGGUGUUGAGUCUUUUUACACAAUACCAGACAUUGGAGUAUCUGGAUAUUUCUUACAAUGAGCUUCGUGGAAAAAUCCCAGACGAAAUAGGGGAAAUGGUGGCUUUGCAAGUUCUUGAAUUAGCACAUAACCAGCUCUCUGGAGAGAUUCCCCCGUCACUUGGCCAGCUCAGGAAUUUAGGUGUGUUUGAUGCAUCACAUAACAGGUUGCAGGGCCAAAUACCAGAGUCAUUCUCAAACCUAUCUUUCCUGGUACAGAUUGACUUGUCGAAUAAUGAAUUAACGGGGCCAAUUCCACAAAGGGGUCAGCUCAGUACACUUCCAGCAAGCCAGUAUGCAAAUAAUCCAGGACUUUGUGGAGUUCCAUUGCAAGAAUGCAGGAAUGGAAACAAUCAAGCUGCUGCCAAUUCAGAUUUGAAUGGUGGCAAAGGAGGCCGGAAGCCUGCAGCUGUCUCAUGGGCUAAUAGCAUUAUCCUUGGAAUUCUUAUUUCCAUUGCAUCUAUAUGCAUUUUGAUUGUAUGGGCAAUUGCUAUGCGUGCAAGGCGUAAGGAAGCAGAGGAAGUCAAGAUGCUUAAUAGGUUGCAAGCAUCCCAUGCAGCUACCACAUGGAAGAUUGACAAAGAGAAAGAACCGUUGAGCAUCAAUGUCGCAACAUUUCAGAGGCAGCUAAGGAAACUCAAGUUUUCCACACUCAUUGAAGCCACAAAUGGUUUCUCAGCAGCAAGCCUCAUAGGUUGUGGUGGGUUUGGAGAGGUUUUCAAAGCCACAUUAAAGGACGGUUCAAGUGUUGCAAUCAAGAAGCUUAUUCGAUUGAGCUGCCAGGGUGAUCGAGAAUUCAUGGCAGAAAUGGAAACUUUAGGGAAGAUAAAGCACAGGAAUCUUGUACCUCUACUGGGCUAUUGCAUGGUCGGGGAGGAAAGGCUGCUUGUGUACGAGUACAUGGAGUACGGCAGUCUUGAAGAAAUGCUCCAUGGAAGAGCAAAGGCAAGAGAUCGACAGAUUCUAACAUGGGAGGAGAGGAAAAAGAUUGCCAGGGGUGCAGCCAAAGGACUCUGUUUCCUCCACCACAAUUGCAUUCCACAUAUUAUACAUAGAGAUAUGAAGUCAAGCAAUGUGUUAUUGGACCAUGAAUUGGAAGCCAGGGUUUCAGAUUUUGGGAUGGCAAGGCUCAUAAGUGCCCUUGAUACUCAUUUAAGUGUAAGCACUCUUGCAGGCACACCCGGUUAUGUCCCACCAGAAUACUACCAAAGUUUUCGAUGCACUGCAAAGGGUGAUGUCUAUUCGUUUGGAGUUGUCCUCCUGGAACUCUUGACUGGAAAGCGUCCAACCGAUAAAGAGGAUUUUGGGGACACCAACUUGGUGGGGUGGGUAAAAAUGAAGGUCAGAGAACAGAAACAUAAGGAAGUGAUAGACCAAGAAAUACUGUUGGUGACUAAAGGAACUGAUGAAGCAGAAGCAGAAGAAGUUAAAGAGAUGAUGAGGUACUUGGAGAUAACAUUGCAGUGCGUGGAUGACUUCCCUUCCAAAAGGCCUAAUAUGUUGCAGGUGGUGGCCUUGCUAAGAGAGUUGAUGCCUGGAUCUGGCACUGGAAGCAGCAACAGUGCUUGAAAAUAAGGUAAUGUCUAUUUGAUUAUGGUUAAUGUAAGAAGAUAAGGUUUGUGUAAUAUUUAUUGCUCAGUUUUUUAAGAAUUUUGAUGUAUCUAAUUUUGCAACUCUUUCCUUCUUUCUGGCUUAUGCAAAUUUGAGAGCUUAUAGAUGGGAAUCACUGGGUUGAACA